AUGAAGGAUGAAGUGGUGGCUCAGAAAUCUGGUACCGUAACCGGGCGAUUUUACAAGGAUUUGCUCCGUCGAGAUGAGAAGGCGUUCUGGGAUACAUUCGCCUUGGCCACAGCAAUUUUCGCUGGACAGUGCCUGAAUUGCAGUGAUCAACGAAUAACACAAGAUGUGGAAAAAUUGUGCAAUGUUCUGGCGACGAAGCUUACUCCAUCACUGUUGAUAGCGCCGUUCGUGAUCGCCUUCUACACGUUCAAGACUUGGCAGACAGCUGGUGGCUUCGGUGUAGGGUUCAUUUACGUGUAUUUCAUUAUUGGAGCAGUACUAAAUCGUAUUCUCAUUUCACCUCUCACAAAAUGGGCAGCCAGAGUGGAAAAAGCAGAAGGUGACUUCCGUUUCAAACAUGUUUCCGUGCGAAAUCACGCCGAAGAAAGCGCUUUCUAUCGAGCUGCCGACUUUGAGCAGAACUCUUCCAAUGAGAUAUUCUCGAUGCUGUGGAACACUCAAAGAAAACUCGUUUUAUGGCAGUUCCCCACGCAAGUUCUCCAGUUCUUCUUCGACUACUAUGGUGGAGUAUUGUCCUAUGCGAUCCAAGUCUUUCCAAUCUUCAUUUUUGGAACGUACAACGAUCUCGAUCAAGCCUCAUUGGGCGAAAAGAUUAGCAACGUUGAGUGUCCGAAAUCGUGCGAUGUUCCCAACGGUGAACAGGGCAUUGUCAAUGAUGCGUUCGCCACUGACGUGGUCGACGAUAGCGAUGGACGGGCGGAUCUGGCGUUCAGCAUUCGCCAUUUGUCCUUCAGUAAACCUUACGAUGACGAGGAAGAAGCUGGUUUCAGGUUUAUGUUUCCAGACUUGACCGUUGACAUUCCUUUGGAAAGCAGCCUAAUUGUGACCGGACCAAGUGGUGCAGGGAAAUCAUCUCUGCUUCGGGUGCUUGCAGAACUGUGGCCAAAUAAAUCAGGUAGUGUACUACGGUAUUUACCACCAAGAAGAGACUAUCUGUAUCUGCCACAGCGGCCAUAUCUGCCUGUAGGACGUUUAUCAUUGCGACAACAAAUUUGCUUCCCGAACAUCCUUCGUGACAUGUUUGACGACGAAAAAGAAGCAGAGAACGCUAGAAUCAUGAAAAUCCUUCACGAGUUACACUUGACUGCACUUAUCGAAAAUUGUGGCGGUUUGGAUAGCGAAGUGGAUUUUGAGUGGCAAGACACUUUGUCUCCCGGUGAACAGCAACGCCUUUCCCUGGCCAGGGUAAUUCUUCAUCGACCAAGAGUGGCAAUUUUGGACGAAGCUACAAGCAGCAUUGACGCGAAUGACGAAAAAGACAUAUACAAUUUACUUCAAAAGGAAAACAUCUCUUACAUCUCCACGGGUCAUCGUGAAACGCUCCGCAAUUACCAUAAUUUGGAACUGCAACUUGGUAGAAAUUCCUCUGCAACUACGUAUAUGCGUCAUGAUUCAAAUGCAGGACAACAAGAAGAAACUCAACACUCGGAUCCUCAUAGGCAAGAUAAAACGUAA